AAAAAAAUUUAUUAUGAUACUUUGACGACUACGAUAAACAACGGUUCUAUUUUUUUUGAGGUCAUCCUUUGAUAAUAGUUAAAACAACAGUGUUUUUCUCUAAACUAAAAUAAUACAUAUUAUUAAAAAUGGCUUUUGCUUCACCAAUGCCAAGCAACGAAUUUCUCUGGGAUGUAUUUAACAGAGUUGAUAAGGAUCGUUCUGGCUCAAUAACAUCUGAUGAGCUUCAACAGGCACUUUCUAAUGGCACCUGGACACCAUUCAAUCCAGAAACUGUUCGUUUGAUGAUUGGAAUGUUUGACAUUGAUAAAAGUACAACUGGAAAUGAUGCAACAGGUAUGUUUGACAAAAGUGGAAAUGGAACAGUCAGCUUUGAGGAAUUUGGUGCACUAUGGAAAUACGUAACUGAUUGGCAAAAUUGUUUCCGUUCAUUUGAUCGUGAUAACAGUGGUAACAUUGAUCGUAAUGAAUUGAAAACAGCACUCAAUAAUUUUGGAUAUCGUUUAUCAGAGGGUCUUGUUGAUAUGCUCAUCAGAAAAUAUGAUCGUUUAGGAAGAGGAACAAUUUAUUUUGAUGAUUUUAUUCAAUGCUGUAUUGUACUUUAUACAUUGACAUCAGCAUUCAGAAAAUAUGACACUGAUCAAGAUGGUGUCAUUACAAUUCACUACGAACAAUUCUUGAGCAUGGUAUUCAGUCUUAAAAUUUAAAUUAAUAUUUAAUUUCUGAGCAACAUUAUUUUAUUAAUUAUUAAUAAAAUAUUAUAAUCAUUAUUAUCAUGUUUU